AUGGGUCUACCGGGACCAACUCCACGCUGGUUCUUUGGUAAUUUCAUUGAGUUAUUCACUCAUAGUCGACAUUCAGCUGCUUGUUUAGCAGAUUGGACAAAAGAGUAUGGAAAAAUCUAUGGUUAUUUUAUUGGUCAUACACCUAUUAUAUGUGUUUCUGACCCAGAUUUACUUCAAGAAAUAUUUAUAAGUAAAUUCAGUCACUUUCAUUCACGACGGCCGUUACCACUACAACAACAUGAUCUUCGACAUUUACUGGCUUCGACAGAUGAUGAAUGGAGAAGACAACGUUCAAUAAUUCAGCCAACAUUUAGUCCACAUAAAUUAAAAGAAGUGCGAACAAUAAUUGACCAAUGUAUCACUGGAUUAAUUGAAAAAUUAGAUCAACAAAAACCAAAUGUUGAAUUUGAUAUAUCAUAUUUACUUAAACGUACAUCAAUGAAUAUUAUUUUAAAUGGUGCAUUUGGUAUUAAUCCAAAUAUACAUGAAAAGUUAAGUGAAACAUUUUUUCAACGAUGUUUACAAGUAUUUGAAUUGAAUAUAUUUCAAACUACUUUAACAAUAUGUUCAAUGCUUUUACCGGAAUUAAAUUUUUUAUGGAUUGCAUGUUUUAAAUAUACAAAUAUAUUUCGUUUAUGGUUAUGUGAUCAUAUACCGUUUAUGAACCGUUUUAUUAAUACUGAUCCACAUACAUGGCUUUUGUACCAUGUUGAAAGUAUAAUUAAACAACGUUGUUUACAUGGAAUUCAAAGAAUUGAUUUAUUACAGUCAAUGAUUGAUGUAACUGAUGUUUUUCACAAUAUGUCUUCUUCAUCAAAAUUAUCAAAAUAUCAUUUAAAUCUAGAUGAAUUAUUAAAUAAUAUUUAUUUAUUUAUGAUUGGUGGCUUCGAAACAACAGCAACAGCUCUUAGUUAUCUUGCAUUUAUAUUAGCAACACAUCAAAAUGAACAAGCACGUUUACAAGAUGAAAUUGAUCAUGUUUAUGAUGAUUAUGAACAAUUAAUUAAACUUGAUUAUCUCGAUUGGUUUAUACGUGAAACAUUACGAUUAUAUCCUAUAGCACCAUUUAUUGUCAAUCGACAAUGUAAUAAAAAAUGUCGAAUAGGUCAAUUCAAAAUUGAAGAAGGUACAAAUUUUGCAGUUGAUAUGUUUAGUAUACAUUAUGAUGAAAACUUAUAUGGUCCAGUAAGUCCAUUAAAAUUUUAUCCUGAACGUUUUCAAGAAAAACGACAUCCAUUAGCUUGGCUACCAUUUGGAGUUGGACCAAGAAAUUGUGUUGGAAUGCGUUUUGCAAUGUUAGAAAUUAAACUAGCAUUAGUAAGAAUUCUUCGUCGAUAUACAAUUUUAUCCGGUGAACGUACAUUAAGUCAAUUUGCUGAACAUGAACGAUUUGUUAUUGCACCAAAAAAUGGUAUUUGGAUUCGUUUACAACGACGCAGUAGUCAAAUAAGAUAG